AUGAAAAGGCCGGAAACUUUAUCAAAAAAGAACACUAUGAGUAGACAGAGUAGAAGAAAGCCUGCUAAGUCAUGUUACUUCUGUAGAACGAGAAAACUUAAAUGUGAUAGAGCAAGACCGUUUUGUCGAAGUUGCUCUUCCAGAAACCGAAAACAAUGUAAUUACGAAGAAAAUGACACUUCAGAAGAAAAUCGCCUUAGGGCAAAAUACAGGAGAUGCUCAAAGUUCCAGAUGGCCCGUCGUAUUGAAGAACUCGAAUCUCACAUAACAAAACAAUCCGACGCUGACACCCAAGAGGAAAAAAACCCUCUUUACAACAUGAGGUAUCUAUCUUCAAAGCAUAAUAGACACAUUAUAUAUGGGCCAACAUCAUAUCGAGCGAUACUAGCAACCCAAACCAAUACUUUUGCUAAAUACAGGGAAGAGAUAUGGAAAGUCUUAAAGCUUCGUCGUAACAGCUGGAAGAGAGAACAUCACUACUCAACCUUGUCAGAGAUUAGUUCUAUCGAAACUACCCCACAGAAUUCGAAUUCACGGAGUGUUGUCGAAUCCUUAUGCGAAUCGCUUCCGACCUAUGAGGACUUCCGGCAACAUCUGGUAGAUUUUUUUGCCAGUGACUUUUAUCAUAGCUACCAAAUCGUAAAUGAACAGAAAGUACUAAAAAACCUGCAAGAUUGUUUUGUGAAAGGUCCAAAAAAUAACAAAACAGGCUGUCAUGCAAUAAUUGCGCUUAAUCUAGACACCAAAAAAAACUAUUACAAAGUGGGUGUAAUGACGGCAAUUAUGUGCCUAACAUCUCACCCGAGUAAAGUUUCAGAAGCUGUUGAGACCUUCCAUAAAGUCUUAACAUCCUUCGUUUCGGCUAAAGUUUUUUACAUUGAGCGGGUGGAAUUUCUAUUUCUUCGUUAUUUGUAUAUAAACGUUGCAGGUCUCGAUGGAGGUGAUCAGUCACAUUGCAUAUUUCUUCAUGGACUGACAAUUGACACAGCUAUUUAUAUGGGUCUUAAUGAAGAUCUUCGGCGUUUAUUCAUGGAUAAAGUUUACUCAAUAGAGGAAAUACCUUAUUUGGAGAGGUUAUGGCUAUGGAUAUUAUUCACAGACGUAAAAAUUUCACUUUCCACAGGAAUUCCACCACGUAUCAGUGAUGCUUUUGUAGACAAGGUGCGUCUGGAAAAUUACUCUUCAAAAAAUGAUAUACUUCUUUAUAAAACAACAUUGAAACUAAGAAGUAUCAUGGAACAAAUUCACGCUCACAAAGUAUCGCCCAACAUUCCCCUUAUUAUUCAGGACUUGAAAUCGUUCACCAUGGAUGUGUUUAAGCCGUUGAAUUUUUACUUAGAUAUAUCAAAUUUAGAUGGUAGUGAGUUCACCGAACUCCAACUAUGGCACGUAACCCUUCAUAUGCUAGCGAGUUUAUCAAAUCUUCAUACUUUGACAUGUCAAGAUUACAAUCCGAUAAUAUUGAAUGCGAGCAUCCUGGCUCCAUUGAACACAUUACAAUUGUGUUUCAAAGUUCUUGAAGGUUAUUUUAAGUUAGACGAUGGUAGUUUGCCCUCAGCUUCCGCGUAUUUCUCUCAAAAAUGGCCACGUCUAAACAAUGCCUUAUUUGUCUUUUACGUGGGCUCUUUUAGGUCAUUGAUUCAGAUUUACACCAUAUUUCUCCAACGUAUGGAAAAUAAAAGCAUCCAAUUAUUUAUGCAGACAAAUAUGUCCAGAAAUCAAAAUAUACGUUCUGGGGACAUCGAAGGUCCGCACGAUGGUUGUAUUUCGCUGAGAACUGCAUUCAAAGAGAUGAAAAAGAUAUUUGAUAAUUUUCAUCAAGAAAGGUCGAGAAGCCUUACCCAAAUUUGGCAGAACUCCUAUUACUUUUCCAUCAUUAUAUCAAUGGAAAAAAUAGGAAGGAGAGUAUUUGGUAAGGCAAUACAGAAUAUUGAUGACAGACAUAUAAUAGAAGAGAGCACCUCUAAAGACAAUUUAACGACAAUAUUAAAUGAUUCAGAAGAAUUUUUGAUGGAAUUUUCAAGGAGUUUUACCGAGGAUAUAUUAGGGCCAUCAGACGACUUCUUUGAUACUGCUAUUUGCGGAUGGAAUGAUUUUGAAGAUUUUUUUUUUUAG